AGUUGUGGUCGCUUCCGAGAGGUGGUCGCAACCGUGGGUAUGCCCAACGACGAGCUUAUCUAACCAAUUUAUGUAAAUACUAAGCUGAAAAUAUAGUAGAAGUCGGUCGAUUAUUUGUCAAAUGUAGGUACUACAAAGGGUUAUCAUGUUCCUUUCGUUAGUCUUAUUAUUAUUUCCGAAAAGUCACCCUUUUCUUGGAAAAAUGGUGAAUACAUAUUGGAACGAUUUAUUGGAGUGGACCUUCCCUAAAAACUCUGUUCAAUAAACCUCCCCCCUGCUAGCAAAAUAACCUGACAUAAUAAAGUGUGGGAAAAAAACGAACAAAACAUUUGUGAUGAGAAUCUGAUCAGCUUAAACAUAAAAAGAUAAUUUCGAAAUCAGCGAAAACUCAUUUAGCUAACAUGGUCAAUGAUUAAUCUCCUAAGAUAAUAUUGAAGUUUUUACACACUUAAUUAAGAGUCGGUGACAUUUACAGUUCUCAUCUUCGGCAGCAAUAAAUACCGUAACAUUUCUUAUUCAGAGACAGUAAAACGCUCUCAUUCUACGUCGUCCUAUAACAUGGCCUACAACCUCUCCGGUUCAAAUUUUAACAACUUUACAAAUAUUAGCACGGAAGGCGGAACACCAAAUAACCCACCCGAGGUUCAUCUUAUCAUCACCAUUAUCAUUAACAUCAUGACAAGUCCCGUGACAGUUUUGCUCAACGUGUUGGUGAUAAUGGCCGUGAAAAAAAUAACAAGACUUCAGAGUUACCCCAACAUCUUGCUGGCCUGUUUAGCGGCAACUGAUGUCUUAACUGGUCUGAUCGUGCAGCCGUCGUUUAUCCUGUGCAGAACUUUCCAGCUUCUUGGUAUGAAUGAAACUGAAAUGAUUCUAUGCACUUUUCAUUACUCUUCUAUACACGCCCUGUCUCUUUGCUCUUGUCUCCAUCUGAUGUUGAUAACUUGCGAGAGACUUAUAGCCAUCAAAUUUACUCUUCGCUAUACAGCUAUUGUCACAACGCGAAGAAUUAAGGUGGCAGUGAUCACAUUCUGGAUCGUUUCUCUAAUUUCUGGAGUAACCAGAGACUUGGAAAACAAAACGUUGUUAGCAUUUUCACUUGCCAUUUAUAUUUUUUGCGUUCUUUUCAUUGUAUUUUCUUACUUGAUUUUGUAUCGGGAAAUACUUCGCCACCGGAAGAUGAUCAAAGCUCAUCAGCUGCCUCAAGAGGAAGUGGAAAGAUUCGCUAAGGAGCACAAAGCGCUCAAGACAACUGUGAUUGUGAUCGGUGCUGUUGUACUGUGCUUUGUGCCCGUAGUUUUCGUUCUCGUAUUAGGCGGUUUGGGAUUAGCUCCAUCGGCGUUAGUGUCAUAUGUUGCCACAUUCGUCACGUUCAACUCGCUCCUUAAUCCAUUGAUUUAUUGUGGGCGACAAGAAGAAAUGAGAAAGUUCGCGUUUAGAUUUAAAUCUGAAGCCGUUGUUGCCAUUAGGUAAAAUUAAAAGCAACGAAAGACUGAAAAACUGUUAAUGCUUUAUUAAAGUACAAAGCAUUCAAUACAGAAGAUGACUGCUAUGUAAAUAGAAAUUCAUGUCACUGCAAACUACAUGUUACGUUUUUUUUCAAUAAAUUGCACUGGUGUCAAAAAAUGGCAAUUAAAUGAAAUUUCAACCGGAACAAUGCUUCCUGAGUUUCUUUCUUUCUUUUCUUUUUUUCUUUUGUUUGUCUUUUGGCGAGGGAGGGGGAGAGUUGACUGAAUUGGGAAAAAACAGACAAGUGGGUGUGUUUGUACUCACCUUUAGAAACACAAAUUAAAGCAAAUUAGAACCUCCUGGUUAAAAGGGUUCCUUCACUUUAAAAAGGUUCACUUCCUUAGGAUGUUAGCAGUUCAUCCCAGGGUAAUCCCCACCACUCCCUCCCCCUCAAAUCUCCAUAAACACACACAUUCAUACACACACAC